ACCUAUUGUUGGCGUCUGGGCUCAGCAGCUCUCACCUUUCCUUCAGCAUCCAGCAGCUGUCUCUGAACAACAGAGGACCAACCUGACAGCUGAAUAAUUCACAAAGGCUCUGCGUGUGAUUCAGGUCAUAUUGGCUCCCUUUAUCCUCAUUGUUGGCAUGUACAGCAUGACCUGAUGAUGCUGGUCGGUGGGGUGUGUGUGUGCCUCUGCAUUUCAGCGUUCCUUAGAUGGAGUGUGUGUUAGCUUCUGUUACAGCAGCUCUCGAGGACAAGCCGGAGUACUGUGCAGCCCCCUAGUCACGCCCGGGUUUCACCUGAGAAGCUUGGUAAGCUAUAUUCCACUGACAUGUGCUCUCACUAAUGUACCCCCAGGGUGCAGCUGCUUAAUCCACGUUUAGCCUUCAGAUCUGACCUCCAGAUAAACUAACACAUGGAGCCAUGUUGGGAAGAUGCCUUUUAUUGUUCCGAGGUUUGAGCAGCCAAACGUAGCUGUGAGGAAGUCCAUUCUGAAAACCUUCUAUGUUAGACAAGAACGUUUGGGUUUCAUCUUUCACCGUUUAGGCCAUUUUAACCUCAAAGUCAUGCCACCGUUAAAGUCUCGAGGCCGACCAAAUGCUGCAAAGCACAGCACAGCUGCAGAAAGGAAAGCAACCAGAGACCAACAUGUCAGACAGCCUUCACCCACAGCACUCCAGACUGCCACUCAAACGCCCAACAGGACAGGAAAAUCACCAGCGUGUGAGCAGCGUAAGAGCAGAGAGGUCAGGACCACCAGGAGGAACAAAGCUGCUCAGAGUGUGGAGAAAAGCUCAGCAGCAGAAAAGGCUUCUGGCGAGAAAUCACAAGACAAUGGUAGGACGAGAGGGUUGGAGAAAAACAUCAAAGCUACAAGAAACGUUUUCUCAACAGCACCAGAGAGGAUCCACAAGAAGCUCCCCAUCCAGCCUGGACACAAAACAGAGAGUGAUGUUAGUGCCCAGGAGGAGGAGGAGGAGGAGGAGGAGCGAGGUGGCAACAAACAACCAGCCGAGACACAAAGGAGUGAGGAGAGUAGUGAGGAGUCUGAGGCAUCAGGGACUCAAAGUGAUGCAGAGCAGUCUGUAACCAAGGAGUCAGGCGAAGAGGAAGUUUCACCUGAACCUGUUGCAUCCACAGAAGAGGGAGGAGGAGGAGGAGAUCGAGAAAAAGAAGCAGAAGUUUCUGACAGGGUGAGUGAUGAAAAUGAGAUAACCCCGAAGGAGUCAGGGCCGUCUACUGCUGAUGAAGCUGGAGGACAACAGACAAACCCUUUGGAUGUUUCUGACCCAGUAAGGGAGACAAAGUACAAGAUGUUCAGACGCUCCAAGGCUGACAAGAAAACGGGUGUAGGAGAAAAGCAAAAGGCCGAAAAGCAGAGGCGAACAAAGGAAGCCAAACAAAAAGCCAAGGAGGAAAAGAAAAGUAAGAAGGAACAGCCUGAUGAUGAACUUGGUUCUUCAACAGAGGAAGUUCAACCAUCCAUCGAUAACAGAGAAGAGGGUAUGAAUCUGUUGUUAAAGAAAACUAAAAGGAAGACAGAUUCUCUCAAAGAGGAUGACUCAGGUGAAGAAAAGGAGGAAGUUGAGCAGAUAGUACUCAAACCCAACAAAGGCCAACGUCCAAUGUUCCCAACCAAAGAGCCAAACGUCACUCUCGGGACUGGGAAGCAGCAGCAUGUCGGUCAUGUCAUCAAAGGAAAGCAAAAGAGCUUGCUCCUGGGUAGAGAUGAUGCGGCUCCACUCCAGCUCAAGGCAGAGAACCCUGAUGAAGAAACUCCCGAGUGUCCAUCCAGCAGGUCAAUGGCACCUUUGAUGGCACGAAGAACCAGUAUUACAGCUUUUCGCCGGGUGUCUGGCUGGAUCCAAAAGAAAAUCCCACAGCCAUCAAAUCUAAAGAAACCCCUCUCUGCUCUGACUAGAGCCAUCGGCAUCUCUCACUGGCUCUCCAAACGAGCCACAAAACUGAAAAAAGGAACCAGGAGAACUAACAACAAGAUGUUCAAACACAAAAUGGCCAUGAGGGUUGCCAGUGAGACCAGCCUGUUCAGCAAGAAAAGCAAGAUGUCUUCUGAGGACCCAGCGGGUAAAGAGAAAGCCAACCUCCAAGAACAGAAGGAAGAGAGAGUGGAAGAAACAGUGCAGGGGACAGAGAAAGAGCUGGAGGCCAAAUUUGCUGUAGUACUUCCCAGGAUGAACAAACUCAGCAAGGCAAAGAUGGCUGAAACGUUUCAAAGAGCUCCUGCAUCUUCUGCUCCAUCAAAUCCACCUGAGGAACCAUAUGACUCAAAGCCCAAACCUCCAAAGCCAGGUGCUAAGCUUGUGCUUCCUGUCAGACCAGACCUCGGUCUCCUGAAGUCCAUCAGGAAACCUGGCAGCGAAGGCCUUUUGGCAGAUGCAAAUGUAGAAAAGAAGAGCACUAUGUCCCUCGAUACUUCAGAAGAAUCCUCCAUACCUGAUAGCAAAACCAAGAGAGCCACCACUGCUACUCAAGAUGGAGUCAAUGCGUUGCUGGCUGCUAGAAGGAAGCUGAAGCCUUCUCAGAUCAACCUGAGCAGAAUGCCAGUGGGGACAAACAGAAACGGCCUCAAAGGACCUGAUGUAAGAAGGGAGGAAGCUGCUGGGGCAUCUAGGUCCACCCCUCAAUGCUUUCCAACCGGACAGUCAAGUGCAGCAGCAUCUCUGGCUUGGUCUCUGUAUGAAGAAGAGACUGACAGAGAAGUGGCUCAGCUGAUGGGUGAGGAUGGUUUAUAUACCGUCACCCAACCAGACACGCACUGGACUGGGAACCCACGGAUGAGUGGAGAUCCUCAGGACUGGCUCCGCUCAGAGAGUCUGCUGCCCCACCAGACUGUAGAGAAGUUAACCAAGUGGACAGUCUACAAUGACGAAGGCCAAGCCAACGAUGGCAGCGGUCCCUGGGAAUCAGAAGACCCCGCCCAAGAAAUGUUGGAGCGUCGGCUGGCCAGUACACAGGUGGUGAUGCCUAGCAGAAAAGGAGCUAUGGAGGUGGACGAAGUGGAGGAUCUGGUCCAGCUGCAAGAGGUGACAGAGAGCUCAGUGCUUCUGAAUCUGAAGAAAAAGUUCCAGCGAGACUGUAUUUAUACCUACAUUGGGAACAUGCUGCUAUCUAUGAACCCCUUCAAGCCUGUGAACAUUUACUCACAGGAGAUCAGGCAGAUCUAUGAGGGCAAAGAGCAGCAUGCAAGGCCAGCCCAUGUGUACGCCAUAGCUGAUUCUGCCUUCAGACUUUCUCAGUUGUCCACACAAGAACAGUGCAUCAUCAUAAGUGGACAGAGCGGUUCUGGGAAGACUGAAGCUACAAAGCUGAUUGUCCACUAUCUGAGCUCUAUGUACAACAGUGGAAGCAACAGCCUCCAACAGCCUAUGGAGGUCUUCCCCAUCCUCGAGAGCUUUGGAAAUGCCAAGACUAUCCACAACAACAACUCCAGCCGCUUUGGCAAGUACCUCCACAUCCACAUUCUCCAAGGAGAUGUUGUAGGGACUUCAUUGUCCAAAUAUCUACUGGAGAAGUCCAGGGUUGUGUUUCAGUCCAACGAGGAGAGGAACUACCACGUGUUUUAUGAGCUGCUGGCGGGUAUGAACGACUGGGACAAAAAGGAGCUUUACCUGCAGGGAGCUGAGACCUAUUACUACCUAAACCAAGGUGGUGCCUGUGAUUUAAGGGGGAAGCAAGACAAACAGGACUUCAAGCUUUUGCUACGGUGCUUUGAGACUAUUGGCCUUCAUGCUGAUCACAUGUCCACCAUCUGGGCUGUUCUCUCCUCCAUCCUGCAGCUGGGCAACAUCUGUUUCAGCUCAUAUGAGAGUGACUCGUUCGAGGUUGCACAAGUCUUCAGUGAGGCUGAGAUCAGAAGGGUUGGCUCCUUAUUGCAGAUUUCCUCAGAGGCCUUAAAGACAGUCAUUACUCACCGAGUUACAGAGACUACCUAUGAUAGGAUCUACUGCCCCCUGUCUGUGGAAAGUGCCAUAGAAUCAAGGUAAAUCAUUUUAGUUUCUGCCAAACAGUUUUUUAUGAAAACUGUGAUGUUGAUCAAAUGCAUAUUCACAAAAUGGAGUCCAGUCUAUCAUAGUAGUCUAAACAUGUAUAGUUACAUAACUCCUAGCGAGAAACUCAAACAUCCUUCUCUGCAACACUCCCUGGUAACUCUUGGGUGAUUCCAAUAUGCUUCCAGGCCAGAAAGUGUAAAGUAAUAAAAUAAAUGUAUAAAAAUAACGUAUAAAAAACUGAUUUAGUGUCUGCCUGAUAGGCCUCCUCCCAUAAUAUCCCUAGCAAGUCUAGAGCUCCCUAGAGGGAGGUAUUUUAGAUCGUACAUUUCUAACAGAAGUUACGGUGUCUGUAUAAACCAAAUUAUGUCCGAUUCUACUGAUCUGUUCUGUGGGGUACCCCAAGGCUCUGUUUUGGGUCCACUGUUGUUUCUGCUGUACAUACACCCUCUUGGACAGAUAUGUGAUUAUUUUCAUAAUGUCUCUUAUCACCUAUAUGCUGAUGAUAUUCAGCUGUACUGCUCCUUUAAGGAUUCUAAGUUCUACAAACUGUCUGAAUCACUAGAGUGUCUAUCAGCGAUCACCAGCUGGCUAGAAGAUAACUCCCUCCAGUUGAACUCUGAAAAGCAUGACUGUCUGAUCAUUGCCCCUGAGAGCAUGGCUUCCCUGUUUAGUCUAAAACUUGGUCAUUUAUCAUCUGCUGUCAAGACAAACUUGAGGAAUUUGGGUGUUUUUGACCAAUCAAUGUCUCUUGAAGGUCACUCAAAAACGUUGGUCGAAACUGUUUUGAUCUUUUAAGAAAUAUCUCCAAACUGUGAAGGUUGGUGUCAACACAUGAACUAGAAAUGGUUCUCCAUGCCUUUACCUCCUCCCGUCUAGAUGACUGUAACACACUCUUCACAUGUUUUAACAAAAAAUCCUUGACCGCCUUCAGUUGGUCCAGAACUCUGCAGCGAGGCUCCUAACUGGAGCAAACAGAAGAGCACACAUCACUCCUAUUCUGACGUCUCUGCACUGGUUACCCGUUAACUUUAGAGUUCAUUUAGAGUCCUGACUAGAACUUUCAGUGCUCUACAUGGUCAAGCUCCUCCCUAUAUUACUGAAGUGUUAAAACCUUAUGCUCCAACCCGAGCCCUCAGAUCCACCCACUAGAACCUUCUAGAAGUUCCCAAGACCUGAAACAAUAGUCGAGGUGAUCGCUCCUUCCAGACUGUUGCACCCCGACUCUGGAAUGAUCUUCCUUUAUCCUUACAUGGCAUUGACAGUCUGGACAGUUUAAAACAACAGCUAAAGACCCUUUUAUUUAAAGCUGUUUUUAACUAAACCUUUUAUUUUCCUAUUUUUAACUCCAAUUUACAUCACCUUUCAUUUGUUUAUGAAAUUUUAUAAUUUUAUUACUUUAUUUUUUCUGAUGUUAAUCUAUUUAGGAUUUUGUGACUUAGUUUUAUUUUGUUUGGAUCUAUGUGAAGCACUUUGUGAUUCUAUGUCUGUGAUGAGUGCUAUAGAAAUAAAAUGGACUUACUUACUUUACAGGUAGCCUGGCCAUCAAUGCCAAUGCUUCUUUAUGGGAAGCAAAGGGCCAGGUAAUGCUCCCAUUCAAAUAACCCCACCCCUGAGCAGUGUAGGUGUCACACACUGCGCCACUCAGUUUCUCAUAAACAACGAAGAUGGCGUCUGAAGCGAGUUGGCUGCGGCUCUUUCCUCCUCUUUCCUGACUUGGACAUGUCUUUAAAACCAAAAAAAGAACAGGCGCUAAAAGUCUUUCCUCUAAAGACAGAUGUUUGCUUCGUCACCAGACACCAUUUUUAACUACAACUAAAAAACUACAGCGUCACAUGACACAGUCAUCAUUUCUGUCUUUUUUUCUGGUGCUUCAUUUUUUGAGCUGGCUAGUCCCGCCCCUCAUGGCGCUCUCUGCUUUUGAGUAUUCAGACUCAUCCUCUGUGUAGAACAGUCAGAGGGCGAGUCUGCCAGGCCAGGAGGCAACCUAAUUUGAUGCCCCAACUAUAGAACUGCAGAAAAACCCGGUUCUGGCUGAGGUGGAGGGCUGGCGGCCAUGUUUGGAGGCCAGUUUCUAUGUGAUUCAACAACUUCCGGACCCUGGAACUCUUAGUGGUUUUCUUUAAAAGGGGGACUUCUGUGGAUGAGCUGCUUGCUCGUUAGCAUCUCCAUUACAGUGGUGAAGCGCUUUGUGGUUUAAAACUUUUCUUACUAUUAUGGAAUGACCACAGCCUAAAGACUCAUCCUUUCAUUCCACCACUGCUUAGGAGAUCAUGAUCUAUUAGUUGCUGCCAAUAUAGCCACAGCUCCUACGAACCCUGAGCACCCCCUUAUGUGGGACCCUGAGCCAGCACCUUCCUUUAACAAAGCCAAAGGGCCACAGACCUGAUAAGAAUAAACCAUACCAGACCUCAUUUAUUUGUGUUGCACAUUUAAAAACAGCAUGUCAGCUGAUCAAAGUGGUGCACAGAGUAAAAACAGGUAGAACAGCCAUAAGAGUCAAAACACACAAGAUCAAAACAGAAAGUCUAAAACAGCUGGUAAAAACAAGACACAGCACAGAAAGAGCGCUCACCGGCCAAAAGUUAGAAAGGAACGUGUCUUUAGGUCAGAUGAACUAGUGCCAGUGAAGGAGCCCGGCACACGAACACAGGUAGGGUGUUCCACUCGGAUCGCAUCUAGAUUUGUGUGUUAUCUGUCUUUUUCACCGACAUGGUAAUAGAGUCCUGCAAUAACCAUUUUACCUGUCACUUCCAUUAGUAAAAUGACAACGACAUGUUCAAUAGCUUUAAAAUGUCAUUCUGUAUAAAUAGUCUUCAGACUGAACCAGCUGAACAGAGUCCACAUGGUGACAUCACACAUCACGCACUGUGGCCCCAGUUACUGCAUAGUGACAUUAAGUUGACCAGCUAUGGCCUGAGUACAAUGUAAACGUUUCUUAAGUCAUUUUCCAUACAACCUUUGUAAAUGGUAAAUGGCCUGUAUUUGAUAUAGCGCCUUCUAGAGUCCUGGAACCCCCCAAGGCGCUUUACAACACAAUCAGUCAUUCACCCAUUCACACACACAUUCACACACUGGUGGGGAUGAGCUACAAUGUAGCCACAGCUGCCCUGGGGCGCACUGACAGAGGCGAGGCUGCCGAGCACUGGCGCCACCGGUCCCUCCGACCACCACCAGCAGGCAACGUGGGUUAAGUGUCUUGCCCAAGGACACAACAACAGCAACAGACUGAGCGGGGCUCGAACCUGCAACCUUCCGAUUACGAGGCGAGCACUUAACUCCUGUGCCACCGUCACCCCCACCGUCUUUGUGAUUUAUAAAAAAAACAAGUGGAAAACGUGGCAACUUUGAACAAAUAUGGACCUGGCGCAGAAACAUUGUGUCGAC